AAGUCAAUCUGAUUCCUGCGCUUUUCCCGUUGCCAUAGUGAUUUUAGGGCCACACCGCCCCAUGCGUCGCUGCUGCCCGCUUUUAUUUGUGAACAGUGGUUGGGAACUUCCAGCUAUAUCCGCCUCCAGCCGCCCACAGGAGCCUCCCCCAUCCAAGAUGGCGGCGGGUGGGAAUGGUGGCCUUUCGUUCUCCGGUGUGGUGAGCAACAGCGCCCCUAGCAAUCGCGGUGGGACGGUGUCCACUUCGUACAACUACAGCGGAGGGGCAGCGGUUUCCUCUCCGGGGAACCAAACUGCAUCGGCAGCGUCUUCGGCCGGGGCCUCGCCUCCAACGGCUCCGCCUCCGCCUCUACCUGCGGCCGCCGGCCUCCUGCACCGAGAGCCCGUCUAUAACUGGCAAGCCACUAAGACCACGGUGCGGGAACGCUUCACUUUUCUGUUUAACAACGAGGUGCUGAGUGACGUGCAUUUCCUAGUCGGGAAAGGACUGGGCAGUCAGCGGAUACCCGCUCAUAGGUUUGUUUUAGCAGUUGGAAGUGCUGUCUUUGAUGCUAUGUUUAAUGGUGGUAUGGCCACAACAUCCACAGAAAUUGAACUACCUGAUGUUGAACCAGCUGCUUUUCUUGCUUUGCUAAAGUUCCUUUACUCUGAUGAGGUUCACAUUGGGCCAGAGACUGUCAUGACUACCCUGUAUACAGCAAAGAAGUAUGCAGUGCCAGCACUGGAAGCACAUUGUGUGGAGUUUCUCAAAAAGAAUCUUCGGGCUGAUAACGCCUUCAUGUUGCUCACCCAGGCUCGCCUCUUUGAUGAACCUCAGCUUGCCAGUCUCUGCUUGGAAAACAUUGAUAAAAACACUUCUGAUGCCCUAAAUGCAGAAGGAUUUACUGACAUUGAUUUAGAUACCCUAGUUGCGGUGUUGGAGCGGGAUACACUGGGGAUCCGUGAAAUCAGACUCUUUAAUGCAGUAGUUCGCUGGUCUGAGGCAGAAUGCCAGCGGCAGCAGCAACCUAUAACAUCUGAGAACAAACGCAAAUCUCUUGGCAAAGCAUUGUCACUUAUCCGUUUCCCACUUAUGACAAUUGAAGAAUUUGCUGCAGGUCCAGCACAGUCCGGUAUACUUACAGAUAGGGAGGUCGUGAGCUUGUUCCUGCAUUUUACAGUGAAUCCCAAACCUCGAGUGGAAUUUAUUGACCGGCCAAGAUGUUGCUUGCGAGGGAAAGAAUGUAAUAUUAACCGUUUUCAGCAAGUCGAAAGCCGCUGGGGUUAUAGUGGCACUAGUGACCGAAUAAGGUUUUCAGUUAAUCGAAGGAUAUUUGUAGUUGGUUUUGCACUGUAUGGCUCAAUACAUGGCCCCACUGAUUAUCAAGUAAAUAUACAGAUUAUUCACACUGACAGCAACACUGUGCUAGGACAGAAUGACACAGGCUUUAGUUGUGAUGGUUCCUCCAGCACAUUUAGAGUGAUGUUUAAAGAACCUGUUGAAAUACUUCCAAAUGUCAACUACACUGCAUGUGCUACACUAAAGGGACCAGAUUCGCACUAUGGUACAAAGGGACUACGAAAAGUUAUUCAUGAAUCUCCUACGACUGGCACCAAGACUUGCUUCACAUUUUGCUAUGCAGCAGGCAAUAACAAUGGGACGUCAGUUGAGGAUGGACAAAUUCCUGAAAUUAUCUUCUAUACAUAGGAUGGAUAAAAACUCUGGUGCAGGGGAUUUCAGGCAUGAUCUCCUUUUGUUUGGCUACCCAAUAAGUCAUACAUCUGCCCAAGGAAGAGUACUUUUGGAGUGAGCUGGCAUUACAGGUUUUCUUUGGGGGUCUGUGACCCUGUCGUGCUUCUAUGCAUCCCUUUGGACGUUUGGUUAGCCUUCAAGUUUUGGCCAACAUCAUUUCAGCUUGAAAUUUGUACAUUGCCAGAAACUAAGCAUCAGCCUGCUGUGACACCUGAAAAACUAAAUCUUUAUGUAAAUGAUAAUCACUACAGCUUUGAAUACAAAUGAUGUUUUCAGUCUCUAAGCAUUAAAGGGGGGAAAUGAUCCGGCUAAUGUCACCGACUCCACCUUUCAAUCUUGUAUUGGACGAAACCUACCCAGAAGACUUUAUUUUUCUGUGUGUGAGUGAUUGUGGGCACAAGGUUUGGUUUGGAUUAGUAACCUUGAAAAGCCCCCUUAAACUCUGUGCAAUCCUGUGAGGACUUUAUUGAUUAGAGGUUGCUAUACCUUCCCAUCUUCUUUGCGGCCAUCCAUUUUGUUUCUUGUUAUUGCAUGUCUGUGCUUUUUGUUUAUUUUGUUUAGUAAUGAUGAUAAAGAGAAUAUAUACCACCUACAACCUC